AUGACUCUGAGCAUGUCUCCGGCUGCGGUGUGCCAGUGCUUCACGCUGGUGUCCCUGUGCACAUCCAUCGCCGACCCCAACUGGAUCCAAGUCAUGAACAACACUGACCCCGGAGGCAAACAGCUCAUCUAUGGUGUGGCCUUCAUACUGCAAGCUGCCCAGAACCUCACUGACACAGGUAAGGGCAAGACUGGAGGUGGAAGAAGUGUUGUCCUGAGGAUUGUCUUUUCACUCUUAUCACGUUUCAGUUUCAAGUUUUAUUGGUUGUAUGUACGGGAUACACAUGGUAUACACCGUCCAACGAAAUGCUUACUUGCAGGUUCCCUCUCGACAAUGCAACAUCAAUAAGAAAUAAUAAAAUAAUAUAAACAAAGUAAAUCAGUAGAAUAGAAUAAACAUUUUAGCAUAAGUAUAAUACACGAAGACACAAUAUAUAGUCCAAUAUUUACACGUUUUUUCGGGAAGGGGGAUUGGGGGGCAAGUGUCAUGUUGACACUGUAGGAGAGUUCACAAGUGCCACUGUUAAAAUGUGCUCACGUUAUGUCUGAUAAAGUGUGUAUGUAUUCUAUUCUUCUAUGUUUGCAUUGUCCGUAUGCACGUGUGUAUUCCCUGUUUGAGCCCACUAGUCUGUGAGCAGCUGUGGGUGUAAGUGUUUGUAUUUGUGUUUACAGUGUGUGUGCAUUUACAGUGUGUGCGCGCUCCCUCCCUGUAGGUCCACUGGGUGGCGUAAAUGGCUGGGGGGUGUGGCUGCUCUAUGCCCUGGCUGCUCUGUGCUACAGUGCUGUUCUGCUCUCCAGCUCCUCCUUCCUAUUGGACUUCCUGGGGACUGGGAUGUCCCACCCUCGACUGGUGGUGUCACUCCACAUCUCCACAGGUAACCCAACCUCUCUCCCUCUGUCUAUCUGUCUCAUUUUUAUUUAUUUAUCUCUCUUCCUCCUUUGGCCUCUUUUGCUGUCUUAUCUCUUUCUUUCUGUCUCUCUCUCUCUCACUGAGGGCUUAUCACAAUACUGUCAUCACUUGAAGAAGAAUGCCCUCUCACAGGCCUCAUAAAAUAUGAACUCUCAUAGAAUGACAUAAGAGCCAUGUUUGCUGAGGCAUGUUAGAAUACAUAACUCUCUCUGCAGUUCUCUCUGGGAUUAAUUAGUAUGUAAUUCUCUCUAUCUCUCCCUUACACUCUCUCUCUCUCUCUCUCUCUCACCCUUAAACUCUCUCUUUUCUCCCUUUCCCUUCCUCUCUACCCAGUGGUUCUCCUCCUGUCUGUGCUGGGAGUGUGUGGGGCCUGCCUGUACAUCAUCUACUGCAACCUUCAGGAGGGCAAGUUUGGGCCACUAUGGGAAUGGGUAGAGGGCUGGACCUGGCCUGGGUCUGGCUCCAGGAGCCAGGGAGGAGGAGGGGCGACGGCUAUGAAGCCUUACCCAGGGGAGAGCUUCUACAUCACCAUGCUGGGCCUGCUCUUCUCCUGCCUGGCCGGUGUGAUCAGCCUGAGCGGCCCGGGGGACCCCACCUCCACCCAGAGGGACUACACAGCCGUGGUGGAGGGGGACGACAGUGACACAGAGCCCCUUACCCCCAGGGAGCAGGGAGUGGGCCAGUCUGACGGAGAGGAGGGGGCAGGAGACGCAUUGCCUGAACUAACUCAGGGGGAGGUGGGUGGAAGUGGAGACUGUUAA